AUGGCCCGGUCGCCGCACUACAGCCACACGCUGGUCAUCCGGUACUCGGAGUGCGACCAACAAGGGGUGGUGUUCAAUGCGCACUACCAGGCCAUGUGCGACUGCGUCAUGGAUCUGUGGCUGCGCGACAGGAUGGGGCUAGCCUGGGUAAACGACGUGGUCACCAACGGAGGGGGGUUCAGCAUGGUGGUGGCGAGCGAGUUCAAGUACAUCUCGCCCGCGAAGUUCCUGGACGACCUCACAAUCUCGGGCGAAGUCCUGAGGUGGGGAACCACGAGCUUCGAGGUGGGCUACGUGGGGGAGGUGCACUCCAGGAGGUGUUUCGAGGGCAAACUCACGUACGUGGCUGUCGACCCAGACGCCAAGCCGACGCCGGUUCCGGCGGAGUUUAGGGAGCGAAUGACCGCGAAGCGAUCGAGGUUAUGA